AUGAUCCCGGAACUGCGCAAGGCAUACAACGAGGCUUUCACGCCCGAAAAAUACCAGGCUUUUGUACAAGACCUUUUUAGUAACCCUCCCGGAGAGCUUGACUUCCGUGUGGCUGAGACGCCUCUCUUCCACGCGCUGAGCGAGAAGGCUAUCCCCCGACACCUCCGUAUACCGCACGAGGACGCGCACCCGCACUGCAUUGUCUUCGAUUUCGGCAUCUGCACCGGCGCCGACGGUACGCUCGAGCCACAGCUCAUCGAGAUGCAGGGUUUCCCGAGCCUCUUCGCCUACCAGGUGCUGCUCCCCGAAGUAAGCGCACGCCAUUUCGGCAAGCCCAAAGGAUUAACCAACUACCUCGGCGGGCUCGACAAAGAAGGCUACCUCGCAGCGCUCCGCCGGCUCAUCCUGGCCGACGAAGACCCAAAGCACGUGGUGCUGCUGGAGCUCUUCCCCGAGCAGCAGAAAACCCGUAUCGACUUUGCUGCCACCAAAGCCUACCUCGGCAUUGAAACAGUGACGGCGCGCGUCGAGAUCCGCCGCAUCUACAACCGUCUCAUCUUUGACCUGUCCCAGCAGCCUGCCGAAAUCCAAAAGCAAGGCAAGCUGUUGCAGGAAGAUCUCGACGUCAUGUGGGUGCCGCACCCAAACUGGUUCUACCGCCUCAGCAAAUACACGCUCCCCUUUAUCCAUCACCCCAAUGUGCCGCCGACGCAAUUCCUAAGAGACGUUUGGAAAUGGCCGGCCGACAUGGAAAACUACGUGGCGAAGCCGCUCUUCUCUUUCGCCGGGCAGGGCGUGAUCGUCGACGUUACGCGCGAAGCGCUUGAAGCCAUCCCCGACCCGGAGAACUGGAUCCUGCAGCGCAAGGUGCAAUAUGCCGCUGUGAUCGACACACCGGACGAGCCUGCGAAAGCCGAGAUCCGCAUUUUCUAUUUUUGGGAACCUGGGACGCCCCGCCCUGUGCCCACCAACAACCUCGCCCGCCUGUGUAAGGUUAAGUUGGUAGGCGUCGACUACAACAAGGACAAGGGGUGGGUUAUUAUUCCUACACCGCUGUGCCCUUGGGCUUGCCGGACCUUCAACAACUUACUAUACAGGAAAACCGCGCCCUCGUGGGCCGGGUGA